AUGCCUCGCUGCAGCCGACGGACUGCCUGCGUCGCCGCCCUCCCGGCCUUCGUGCGGGGCUCGGCCCUGGCGGCUGCCUCCUUCGAGUACUGCGGCGGCGACGACCAGACCUCUGGCGCGGCUCAGCUCUCCUGCACGGCCUACCCCGCGAAGGGCGAUGGCUACGAUCAGGGUAGCUGGUGCCAGAGCAGCGACAUGUUCAACCUCGCGCUGAAUCCGAGCACGAAUCGGCAGGCCCUGGUCUGGCAGGGUGACGGUGCCGACGACUACUGGGUGGUCCACGGCUGCGACGGCGCCGGCAUGAUGAACGAUGUCGACCACUCCUCCUUCUACCUGGAGCACUUCAUGGGCACGCAGCAGUGGCAGGAACCGUAUGACUGUUCACAGUACUCCCCGGGUGACUGCCAGGACCCAUGGAUCAUGGAUGCGUGUUGGUGCCAGCAUUGGGAAUCUCCCUUCGUGCACCCUGGCAGCUCCCAGAUCUACAAGUAUUGGUCUGGUAUGUGGACCACAUGUGGGGCGCUGUGGCCAGACGAGUUGGCCAACAAGCCGUGGUUUGGGACCCUGCAAGCGAGCGGUCUGAAAUCCACGAGAGAUUACGGUUGCGAUUCGAAUGACGCAGCAACGGCCUUCGUGAUCACUUACCCCUGGGUUUGCAACGGCCCGUACAAUGCGGAUUUCUCAGCAUAUUGGGGCGUGGACGCGAAUUGGCAGAACGGCCUGCCGUUCGGGGACGAGACUUACGGCAUCAAUUGCUACUACGACAACGAGCCCUUCGACCUCGUGAACAGGGUCCCAGGGAGCUAUGACCCGCACACACAGAGCCCCAUGGUCCCACCCCAGCUGCGGGUCUACAAAUUCGUGAAGAAGAACGCUGGCGACGACUACAUCCACGGGUGGCUCAUCGGGAAGAAGGACAGCAGCGAUGCGCAGUUCCAGGACACCACAGGAGGGGAUGGCUUCUGGCUGAAAGCCCACCCGGAGGGUCCUCCGUACUAG